AUGUCGGCUGUUAUGCUGAGGAGUACGCGUCUUGUCGUACAGACAGGCAAUGUCAAGAGUUUUCCUGCGCGAGGUGACAAGGAUGAAGAGCAUUAUACGAGGCUGUGCCUAGUUAUCACAAGUAACAUGACUAGCGCUCCGCACCAUGACUCGAGCCUACUUCUCAGCCUCCCACGCGAACUCAGGGACACAAUCUACGAGUACGCCCUCACCGAAGACCAAGAACUAUUCAAAGACGCCUUCUUCUCCCCGCAAGAAGGAAGCGCAACAGGACGAUUCUCCACCAUCAACAACACCACGCAAAACCGCGACCACAACCAACUGAAAUACGUCUGCAGACAAUUAUAUACGGAGACCCGCGGCCUCAGUCUCCGCUUCAACGACCUUACCUUCCGCGGCCCCAACGGCCCCGACCUGUUCCACGCCUUCCUCACCCACGAAUGCUCACCCGCACACCUCCCACGGCUCAAGCACGUGCUGAUAACAAACCACAGCACACUAAAGCGCGACACAAACCUCCUCCCACUAUGCUCCUCAGCCGUGAAAUCCUUCUGCGCCGCUCACCCCACUGUCCGCGUCUCCGUGCAGAUGCAAAAUCUACACACGGAUUCGUCGUGGAGUGAUUGGUAUCUAGGGGGUAGUGCGAUACAGUAUACAGUUCGGGGCACGUUGCCGGAUGUUCUACCUGAGGCGUUGCAUGCUCAUUGUGUUGGGACUCGGUCUGUUGUGAUGGGGAAGCCGUUUCCGCAGAAUCUCAGGGUUCUUCCCAAGGGGUUUGAUGAGGAGGGGUUUCGACGCGCGCAUGUGAGGGAGAUUGGGAGGUUGGAGAAGGAGUAUAUGGAGGGGUGGAUUGGGCAGUUUAGAGAGUGGGCUGGGGAGGGGUUUUAG